AUGUCAAUCUUUCGGCCAGGCCGGCUGAGGACGGUCCUCUCAGCGACGGCCGCAUUAAUUCUCAUUUGUACUUUCUAUUUAUAUUGGACCCCGCCUCCGGCUUCGACGAUUCCUAGCACUGCCUUUGAAGUUCCUCUCACCGAACGUCAGAUUGCCUUUUGGAAGGUGCUAAGGUCAAUCUUAGAUGCACAUGCACCAAAUUGCCCGUCCCCCACGCUUCAGGAUUCUGCGAGCGCAGUCCAUUUCAAUGCCACAACAGUUGACCCCCGUCCCGACUUGAUCGUGUUCGGCGAGAAUGAUCUCGACGUGCUGACAGAGGCACAUGCGAAUUAUCUCAAUGAUAUCAGGACGGCGAAUAAGUUGCGUCCCGCCCAUUCUCCCGGAACUAGGGGUAUAGUUACGACGGCCGGGGGUUCCUAUCUUCCCGUAUUUCUGUCAUCCUUGCGGAUGCUACGCCGCACAGGGUCAACUUUGCCUGUGGAGGUGUACAUGAAGGAUGCAAGCGAGUAUGAAAAGAAAAUCUGCGACAAGGUCCUCCCGGACAUGGGUGCGCGGUGCCUAAUACUCUCCGAUGUUGUAGGCAAGGAUGUCAUCCAACAUUACCAACUAAAGGUCUUUGCGGUCCUCUUUUCUUCGUUCGAGGAGGUUAUUUGGAUGGAUGCCGAUUGCUUUCCAAUGGACAAACCCGAAAUAUUGCUCAACCAUGAACCCUUCACGUCCACCGGCUUAGUGACUUGGCCCGAUUUCUGGGCGUCGUCGGUUUCUCCGGCAUAUUAUAACAUCUCCCAGCAACCGAUGCCUCCGAUGACCGAGCGACAAUCCUCGGAGACCGGUAUCUUUCUCGUUUCCAAAAAGACGCACUAUCUCACACUGUUACUUGCUGCCUAUUAUAAUUACUACGGACCGUCGCAUUACUUCCGGUUAUUGUCUCAGGGUGCACCGGGUGAGGGCGACAAAGAAACGUUCCUGCAGGCUGCGACUGCAGUGGGCGAACCUUUCUAUGCGGUCAGCGAGAGGGUUCAGGCGCUCGGUCAUCAAACGCCGGAAGGGCUUUCUGGUUCAGCAAUGGCGCAAUCGGACCCUAUUGGAGACCAUGCGCUGACGAGCCAGGGCAAAUGGCGAGUACAGGACCCCUCGGUGGACAAGCCUCCUCGUGUAUUUUUCAUCCAUGCCAACUACCCCAAGUUCAAUCCUGCAGAGAAUGUCUUUGGGUACAAUUGGGAAACUACUCCCACCCUUCGACCCGAUGGCACAGAGGGCGCGCGUGGACUGCCCCUGAAGACGUCCUGCACCGGUUUGGGAUUGACAUCGAGAGAGCCUACUGGGAAGAGAUCAAAUGGGUCAGCUGUAGUCCCGACAUAG